AUGUCUAUUCUGGUAGCCUUCUCUGGGGCCUGCCCCGAUGUCAUCGUCACGGAACUUCCUCGCGACGAGAAGCUUUCGGCCCGCAUAGAGGAGUGUGAGAAGUCACUACUGGCCUGCAUCGAUGAAGACGACGACUGCCAGCGGUGCUCCCGGAAGAAGCCACGGCACGAGACCACGUUCGAUGCAUAUCCAAACAACCUUCCGGCAUCCACAUCAUUCCUGUCAAGGCCGUCAGUCUCCAGCCUUCGCGGCUGCCGCAAACUGAUUGCUCUUGCGCUUCAUUGCUUCUGCUGUGCCCGUUCCCGAAGGAAGUACCAGCUGCUAACGCGAUACCGCUAUUCGAAACAAAAGAAACCCUUCUCGUCCAUAUCCGUUGCCGUCGAGCAACUCACGUCCGAGACCUACGAUGAAGAAGACCUUGCCGGCAUCCCUGACAUCCUCGAGUCGAUCAAACUACAAGCCACUGGGCCAACGGAAGCCGCCCGAGCAAUACGCAAGAAGUUGAAAUAUGGCUCUGUGCACAGACAAUUACGAGCUUUGACCAUUCUCGAUGGCUUACUACAAAAUGGCCCGCAGCGAAUGCAACGCACAAUCUUGUCGGAUGGCCCUCUACUAGAACGCCUGCGAAUCGCCGCCGUUGACCAGGUGUCUGAUCCUGAUGUCCGCGCCAAAUGCAAGGACCUCUUCUCCCAAUGGGUUGCUUCCUCCGCCACUGCUCCAGGCCUGGAGGGUGCCAAAUCGUUAUACAACCAACUUCCCAAGCGUGCGAAGACAAAUGUCCAGCGUCAGAAGGAGUCCCGAGUUCUUCGCGAGACAGAAGAGGAGGCUCAUCGAGAUCGAGCUCUUGAGGAAGAGUCCUAUGCUAGCCGUAUGGACUCGAACGAUUCGCGCUCACGGUCCAACUCCUACGCUGCUGAGACCUCGUCACCCAACACACUCCGGAAGAAUCAAGCACCAAUACCAUUGGGCUCAUCAGGCUCCUUCCUCUCCUCCCGAAAAGAAAAGAACUUCGACCUCAACAAGGAGAAGCCCGCCAUCCUGCAAUCCAUAGCGUCUGCCUCAGUCGCAACGACCAAUCUCAACAACGCCCUUAAGCUCGUCAACCGAGAACACAAUCGCGUAGCCGACGACCCAGAAGUCAUGAAGCGCUUCGAGACCUGCAAAUCUCUCCGCCGCCAGGUGCUCCGGUACAUCCACUACGUCGAGCAGGAAGAGUUUCUUGGUGGACUUAUACACGCGAACGACGAGCUGGUGGCUGCACUGAUCGCAUUUGAAGUACUCGAUAAGAGCGUAGACGAUGACAGUGACUCCGAGGUUGAGGAGGCUAUGCAUUUGAGCAGACAGGCGAAGAUGUCAGAAGCGAGCUCCGCCAGAGAUGCGGAGAAGAUGGUGGCGGGACUGAGCUUGAACGACAAAUCAUCAAGGAUGGGUGCUUCGCCACCUACGAAGCCGCCGAGGCCCGGUGCGCCGGGUGGGCUGAGAAUGCCGCCGCAGCCGGCAGCGUCUCCCGCGGCCAGGAGACAGCAAGUAGAGAGCGAGAGCGAGUCCGCUAGUGACGAGGACGAGGACGAUCCCUUCGGAGACAGUCACGCGAGUAAGACGCCGGAUUGGAAGGCAAGCCAGCGGAAAGGGUAUUUUAAGGAGGUCUGA